CUAUUCUAUUAAAUAUUUAUCAUUUUUAAAAUCAAUAAAAUAAAAUAAUAUCAAUAUAUAAUUCGCGAGAAACGACUAAGAAGGACACCUUACGCGUACCAACUGUUCAGUGAUCCCAGAAACUUUUGCUUGUCUGAUCGACACAGUGCCAUAAAAUUAUCACAGUAAAAUUAUCUUACGCACAGAAAAAAAGUUUUGACUAGUUUGACUAGGUUAACAAAGAAUUUCUGGAUUUUCAGAUUUUUUUUUUAAAGUAUAUAAAAAGCUAAAAAAGUAUAUUUUCGCAAACUUGAUGACCUUUUCUUUUUAGUCCUUUUUUAGACUUCGACUUUUGACUAUGCGACUAUGUAUGGCCAUCCGCAUACCGCGUACAGGUAGUAAAUAUCACUUUUUCAACUUUACGAACUUUAUCGAACUACAUAAAUAAAACCGUGUACCAUGUAGGGCAAUAGGAGGCGCUGGGCGAGCGCUGCGCUGCACAAUCGAAACAAAGACAAAAUCGAGACGUAUCGAAAAUUAUAUUUACAUAUCGAAUUAUCGUAAAAUUAUCGUACAAGUUGAAUUUACGAUCGUACAAUGCUUCAAAUUAUGUGACGUGACGAUAAUUAUCGUACGAAUGGGAUCGCUGCUACUGUUGCACAUAAAUACAUCCAUGGAAACAACCACUGUCAGCGCAUGACUGUGACGUCGCAUGCGCAUGCGCACGAAGACCCACGUGGGAGAAAAUUUCACGUCCUGUCACUAUAGCCGACUCGUCGUUGGUCUCAAUGGCACAUGAGCUGAAUAUGAAUGGCGCAUCUCUCCUACAGGAUCCCUACUCCGUGGUCAGCUCGAUCGGAAUUUGGCUGGCGACGGGAGUCGGAACUCGACGAGCAGAGCAGCCACAGUAAACAUAUUCGUCGGUAAUGAAAACGAGCAAUCGUAAUAAGAUAUUUUUUUGAUAAUUUCGUAUGAAUUGCGACAACUAAUUUCAAGGUGUUGUUGUUUUAAUGUUCUUAUUGUAAACAAUUAUUUUACUAUUCUUAACUGAUCAUAAAUAAUAAAGUAAUAAGAAAUCAUGAUUGGGUGAUUUAGAUACAUAUAUGUUUUAGGCCUAAGUAUUCAUUUGAGGCUAAUUUAUAGCAAAUAAUGAUGCAUUUGCAUUAUAAACAAAAUAUAACAAUGCAACAGAAAAAGAAAAAAAAAUUAUUUCAGAGAUAUAGCUUUUUCUUCUCAAUGCUUCUUUGUAUGUUACUUGCUACUAUACAACCAUAUUUAGGGGGUACAAUCGGUAUAGCAAGUGGCAAUUUUAUUAUCUGGUAUUUUGCAGUGCCACUAACAUAUUUAGAAGCAGGGUUAUUAUGCACUCCACAUUCUCUCUAUGUGGCGUUAACAAAUGGUUACCUGAUAAUAUUUGUGAUGGUUUUUAUGUAUGGUGUGAUGCCCUUUUUAGCUAAGCUUGGAACAUGUUUAUUAUUACAUACUAAAGUGAACAUAUGGCUUCUUAAAGGAAUGGAAGUACUUUAUUGUAUGCCACCACCAUUUACUUCCAGUCUAGCACUUUGUCAGAUAGCACAAGCUGAUCUACCAACUAGUGUGGUUACUACUUUAAUAGGACAUUUGGGAGGUUUUUUCUUAUCUCCGAUUCUUCUAUAUUUUGUGUUAGGAGCAUCUACUCCACCUUUAAUUGGUGUUAAUGUUAAGGAGAUUAUUUAUAGUACUUUGUUACCUCUGACUAUUGGAAUGAUAUUACAGUUUUCUGUAGUAAACCCUAAUGUCUGCUCCAUAAUUGGUAUUGGAAGAUAUUCUCAAGGAUUACUAUUAGUCAUAGCAUAUUAUUGGUUUUCUGAUGCAGUUUCUGCAGAUGUUUCAUCUUUGCAAGCUACGGACAUAUUAUUAUGUAUACUAAUUGCUUGUAUUGGACAGCUUUUCACAUGCUGUUUAUAUUGGGGUUUGUCUUCUAGAUGGUUACCUAGAAAUACUCUUUUAGCAGCAUUAUUUGUUAGUACUCAUAAAUCAGUUGGUCUUGGAAGCUGGAUUUUACGAAGUACAUAUCAUGGAUCUGCUCAGGGUCCAGCAAUAAAUUUACCACUUUCAAUUCUGCCUGUAGCACAACUAGUAUUGGGUACUUUACUGGCCAGUUGGAUUGCUCCACAUUAUUCAUUGAAAAAUUGAAAAAUUGAAAAAUUAAAAAAUUAAAAUUUUUCUCAUAUAUUUUUCUUAUAUUUUAGAAUCUUUUAAUUAAAGUGCAUUUGUUUAAACAUUCUAAUCUAGUUAUCAUUCGAGUUGUAAAUUAUUUUAUAUUCAAAGUUUAGUAAUAAAUAUGUAUUAAACAAAUGUACUAUUGUUGAAAAUAAGUUAAGUAUCUUCCACGUACAUUACAUUUUGUUUAAACAAAUAAAAAAAUAAUUAAUUAAAGCUUACUUGUACAGAAGAGAACGCUUCGAUGAUUACUUGAUAGAAUACGAAAUAAUACAGUUUAAUGAUAUUGUAAUUUAUUUAUU